UGUAAAUCAACUGUUUAUUUAAAAAAUAUAUAGACUUAUUUCGAAAAUGUUUAAAAUUAUCGCUUCUAUUUUCUUGGCUACAAUUCUGCUAAAGUGUAAUGCUGAAAAAUUAUUUGGCAAUGAUUUCGAGAAUGCUGCAGUAAUAUUACAUACAGCUUUGAAUAAGAUAAAUGAAAACGGGGAGGAACUUUACACAUCACGCGGUAUUGAUUCAAUUUACAAAUUCAUACCCAAUGAAAUUUAUACUUAUGAAGUCUCGGUGUUGGAUUUUAGAAAUAAUCAAAAGAUUUGCCAGAUAACGAUAUCAUUUAGUUAUAGUGAAGCAAAUGCUUUGAUGACUAUAAGGUGUGAAGGGGAAAAUGAAAUCACUAGAAGAAUCGUUAAUGAGACGCCUGUUGUCCCAGAUGCAUAAGAAAUGUAUAAUAUAAACAGGAAAGACUAACCCCCUUAUUCACAUACAAAAUUUUUAUUUUAUUAAAGGUUUAUAAAACAAAAUUUUCAUACAAAAUCUAAUUUAUAAACCGUUUAUAAAAUAAAAAUUUUGUUUGUGAAUAAGGGGGUUAAAAUAUAUAUGCCUAUGGGCAAACACGAAAAUUCCGCUAUUAAUCGUUUAUCUAAAUAUCUAUUAAAUUUAAUUAUUUAUGUUAUAAUUAAUAAUGUUCGUAACAUUUUGAAUUAAAAAAAAUAUUUUACUUCGUUAUUAA